UUUGAUCAAGGUUGAAUAUGAUCUCAUGAUCAACCAAGCAGUAAGUUACAAGGUGAACUGUUCUAUUGGCCUUCAGACCCUCCCACCAGACCAGGCAGAUAUCUCCUAAAGCUUCAUAUUCAAGUCUAGCAGGAUUUGAGGAUAAGUAGUCGGUAUUUGCUUGGUAAGAUGUUCAAAGUCGACAGACUGAUUUCCAAAAUGAUCCAGCUGAAGUAAACAAGUUGCUUUAUCAUUCCCUACACAUAUUCCAUUGCCCUUACAAUUUCAAGCAUCACUGGGCAGAGUGUGUGAAAGUGAACAUUCAAAUGUUUCAGAACUAUGAAAUCGUCUGAAGUGGAGCUUGGUUAAUGGAUGCUGAUUCUUGUUGAGGCUGUGUUUGACGUCAUUCUUGCCCCUCGUAUUUCGUGGUUGUGGUUAGCUCAGGGCAAUGUACACUGCCAACCAAAUGAACAAUUGUCACGCCCGAGUGGGUAUAGGCUGUAGGCACCACACAGCCUACUCGUACCCAGCGCUGGAUGGGUUUAGAGUGAGUUGGCAAGUUCAGCCUGGAUUGGCUCAGUCUGUUCACAUUACGACACAGGCUGCCUGUGGAGACAGACCAAUUGUUUUGUAGGUCUGGUUUGCUCACUUCAGUCUGUUGUCCUGUCUGCUGAAAUGUGGGCUCUUGCUGUUCUCACCGUACUGCUUAUGGCCAUUCCAGGCCACACCAUGCCAGACCACAUACCAGAUGAUGUUGAGGCUUACCUGAUCUUCUCUAGUCAGUACCGCAUUGUACGCUUCAAUGUAGAUGUGACUGAUUCCAAGGUGCUGCAACAGGACACCCAUGACACUGUGGCAUUGGACUUUGACUAUGAGGCAGGCCUUUUCUAUUGGAGUGACCAAGAUGACAAGAAGAUUUACAGGGCUCCCUUGGAUGGUGGCAAUAAGGAAGUUGUAGUGUCCACUGGAGAUGAUUCCCAAGUUGAUGGAGUAGCAGUGGACUGGGUUAACAAUCAGUUAUACUGGACAGAUUUGGCAUUUGGGACCAUCAGCCGCUUGAACCUGAAUGGAUUUACUGACCUCUCAGUGGUCAUAGCAACCAAUGCCGGCAACCCAAGGGGAAUUGUUCUAGAUCCCCGUAAUGACGUGAUGUACUUCACCAAUGUGAACAACUGGGCACCUAACAUCCAGAGAGCUCGUAUGAGCAAUGGAACACAGCAGCAAGUCAUUGUCUCAAGAAAUCUCCUGAAGCCAAAUGCAAUCACCAUGGAUUAUGAUACAGAUCGUCUCUACUUCGCCGAUGCUUGGACUGACCGCAUUGAGUCGUGCAACGUGGAUGGGUCAGACCGGACUGUGCUUCUGAACCGGCGUUUUUAUUUUCACCCGUUUGAUCUCACAUUGUAUGAUGAUCGCAUCUAUUGGACGGAUUUAUAUCAGCACACUAUUGUCAGUGCCCACAAAGACACAGGAGGGGACCGGAUUUUUAUCAGUGGGCCUUUCGUCUUUCCACAUGUGAUUCAUGCAGUGCAUCCAUCCAGACAACUGAGCCAUGCUCCCAACUAUUGUGAGGCCAAUGGUGGUAGAGGAAUGUGUGAGAGUAAUUGUACUGCCUUCUCUACAGGCUAUUCCUGCAGUUGCAACAGCGGAUAUGCUCUUAAUGACGACCUUCUUACUUGCAGUGAUAUUAAUGAAUGUGGUAUUGACAACGGUGGGUGUAGCCACCAUUGCAACAACAUGGAGGGAACAUUUCAAUGUCAGUGUAUUGACGGCUUUGCCUUACUCCCAGAUGGAGUCACCUGUGCAGACAACAACGAAUGCAAUAACAAUCGUGGUGGGUGCGAGUACGCCUGCCACAACACAGACUCUGGCUAUUACUGCUCAUGUUCAAAUGGCUAUGAGCUACGAUCAGACCAGCGCACCUGUCAGGACAUUAAUGAGUGCCUGCCGACGUCCCCGUGUCCUGUGGAGGCCCAGUGCAUCAAUCAGGACGGCUCAUACCGCUGCAUGUGCCCAAACGGUUACAUCUAUGACACCAUGAAUGGGAUUUGUGCAGAUGUGGAUGAAUGUUUGGCAGGGCAGGGUACUUGCACACAGCGAUGUGACAAUCAGCCUGGCUCAUUCAGUUGCAGUUGUCAUGAUGGCUUUGUUCUUGAUGGAGAUGGUGUAUCAUGCUCUGAUGUCAAUGAGUGCGAGGAUAGUCUACAUGCAUGCCAACAAAAUUGUGUCAAUAUCAUUGGGUCUUUUGUUUGCCUGUGCAAUGAUGGCUUCCAACCAGUUGGGGAUGGUCAGUCUUGUAUAGCCAUCGACUGUGGUCAACCUGGCAGUAUAGAUGGCUUCAACAUGUCCUGCACUGGCACAACCUACGGCAGUAGAUGCAGUCUGUCCUGCAUUCAAGGAACUCGAAUUGGCUCCUCCACCAUCAUUUGCCAACAGAAUGGUGUAUGGUCUGUUAGCACAGCAGAAUGUAUCGCAACAGAGGACACUGAAGGGGUUAAUGACCCUCCGCUGGCAAUUGUUCCAUCGUCCUUCAGUAUCCCUGAGGAUACAGUGAAUGGAACUGUGCUGGGAAUGCUGCACACUGUAGAUCCUGAUAACCACCAGUCCUACACUUACACACUAACAUCAGACCCAUCAGGAAAGUUCUACAUUGAUACAUCGGGCGAUACUUUAAAAACCCAUGGUGGAUUUGACUAUGAGACAGAUCCAGCAUACACCAUCCAUGUGACCUCUGUUGAUUCGGGAACUCCUCCACUUUCUGGGACCUUUGACCUGUCCAUUUCCAUUCUGGAUGUGAAUGAAACACCCCGGAAACCUACACUGACCUCUAACACAAUCGGAGAACAUGCUGCUGUGGGGGACCAGGUGGGCACGAUCUUGGCAUCAGACCCAGAUCAGGGCCAAGACCAGACAUUUUCACUGCUGUCAAGUGGUCAUGGGAAGUUUGAUAUCCAGGGCGAUCAACUCCUCGUGGCUGGCUCCUUGAAUUUUGAGCAUGUAAAUACCUACUCUGUUGUGGUCCAAGUGGAGGACAGUGGCAGCCCCAGGUUGUCAAAUGUCAUGACGUUUGCCAUCAUGGUCCAAGAUGAAAAUGACGCCCCAACUGCCGUGCGUUUAUCAGCUACAGCAAUACCGGAGACCAGUCCUGACAGCGCCACAGCUGUAGGGACGGUCAUUGGUGUUCUGACAACAAAUGACGAGGACAGGGGUGACAGCCACACCUACACCCUGCAGGGUCCACUCAGCAGCUGUUUCUCCAUUUCCAACUCAGACCUCACUGUCGCUGAGACCUCUUGUUUUGACCAUGAGAUCAACCCUUCCAUACCCCUGAAUAUUACCUCCACGGACUCUGCCGGUUUGACUAUCCAGCACAUGUUUACCAUCAGUGUGACAGAUGUCAAUGACCCGCCAUUUGGCAUUUUGCUGUCCUCAUCCACUGUCCAAGAGCACAUUGCUGUCAAUACCAUUGUGGGGACAUUGACAGUGGAGGACCCUGACCAAGGUGACACCCACCAGCUGAGCAUUGUCACAGGAGGGUCCCUGUUUGCUGUGCAUGGUAAUGCUUUAGUGGUGAGUGCCGACCUGAGUUACACUGACUAUCCAACUGGCAUCACUGUUGCCAUACAAGCCACUGAUACAGGCAACCAAUCCUACAUAGAGAUGUUCUCCAUCAGCGUUCAAAAUGUCAACGAGCCCCCAAAUGAUAUUAAUUGGCAGGUGACUGCAAGGUGUACACCAGAGGAGGAAUCUAUCACUGGCGUUAGUAUCCAUGCCUGCGUGACAGAGAACACUGCACCAGACACACUCAUUGCCACAGCAGUAGUCACUGAUCCAGAUUUUGACACUGUGUCCCUUCAGAUCAUAGAUAGCGCCAACAUCUUUGUGCUUGAUCAGAGCGGUGCCCUGAAAGUAGGGCAACAAGGCCUGAACUUUGAGUCUCCGCUGGUUGGUGAAGUGCACUCCGUUUUCGUAGUGGCAGAAGAUCCCGGGAGAUUAACCUCUACAUCACAAUUCACUGUUAAGAUAAUCAAUGAGAAUGACCCACCAACCAGAGUGGAGAUCUCAAGAACCUUUGUUGGGGCCAGCACUGCCAUUGGACAAAGUGCAGCGGUGCUACAAUGUAUUGAUGAAGACGCUACAGACACACACACCUUCAGCCUGGUUAAUAACACAGAAAACAUGUUUGCCAUUGUUGGCAAUGAAUUACGGGUCCAGCAGGAUCUGAGUGCGUUGGCAGGUAACCAGUUUGCCAUUGAAGUCCAGUGUUCAGAUGGUGCUGCCGAACUCAUGACACCUGCCACAUUUGUCAUCACUGUGUACCGUGAUAGUGCCAGUGGAGGGAGUGGUUCAGCCAUCAACAUUUCCUUAAGUCAUUCUAGCAUCAGUGAGCAGCAACCUGCCAACACCCUUGUCGGAACACUGAGUGCCGAAAUCAUGCCAACCAGUCUGUUCAAUUUUACCAUUGUGGGCGGGGCCUCCCGGCUGUUCUCAAUCCAGCCGGGGGUAGGAGGGAAUCCGCCAGAGCUCAGGACGACCCAACCACUGGACUUUGAAGAGGCAUCUAUGCACUACGUCAUUAUCAGAGCUGAGACGGGUGAAAAUAGUGCUGUCAAGACAUUCCUCAUAACGGUAUUGGAUGUGAACGAACCACCUGGUAGCUUGACAUUUCACUACAGCCCUGUUCAUGAGAAUCAGCAGGGUGCCCUGGUAGGGAUAGUUUCAGCCAUUGAUCCAGAUGAAGGAGAUACUGUCACCUUCCAGAUAUUAAAUGAUCCCUCCAGUGCCUUUGAUUUGCAAGAUGGAGCUACCCUCAAUUCCAAGCGUGUUGUCACAAGACGAGCCGUUGAUUUUGAGAUGGAGACUUCCUUGUCCCUAGUUCUGGCUGCCCGUGAUCCUCAUGCAUUAGCUCAGGUCUCUGAGUCACCAGAGUACAUCAUCCAGGUCCUCAAUAUCAACGAAGCUCCCACAGACAUUCUAAUCAGCCAAGCUGCAAUUGAUGAGAAUCGUGCCCAGGGUACGGUCAUCGGCACUCUGUCGGUGAUUGAUCCGGACACUCCGCGUACACAGCAGCAUUUCAUAUGCUCAUUGCAGGACAGUGCUCAGGGACUGUUUCGACUAAAUGGAUUUGACAUAGAGGUGCUUCAGAGCCAGAGGCUUGAUUAUGAGAUCUUUGCAGCUAGUGGCAAGAUGCCAACUGUUGUUGUGGAAUGUAGCGAUGACGGAUCGCUUUCUGUCAGCCGACACUUUGAAAUUACGGUGAGGGAUGUCGCAGAGCAGCCUUAUGACAUUCAAUCUGCAACUGGAGUCUAUGAGAUAAUGGAGAAUAAUGAAGCAGGUGCUGUCAUUGCCCAUCUCAACACGUUGGAUCCGGAUACAGUUGACCAGUCCACAUUCCUCUACACGGUAUCAGACAGAGACACCUUUGAAAUUGUUGGCAACAUGUUGAUUGCUCAGAUUCAGUUGAAUUAUGAGAGACGACGUUUCUAUGAUAUACAGAUCACCACCACAGAUGCGGAUGGGCUGUCCUUUACUGAGGGUGUAACUGUGACUGUCUUGGAUGGUAAUGAUCCCCCCACUGGAAUCGUAAUGACCCAAAUCAGCACCCUCUCAGCUGACUCACCGUCUGGGAUGGUAAUAGCCACUCUAGAUGCCAUUGAUGAGGACCGUGCGCAGCAACACCAAUUUAAUAUCCAAACACAGACCCCUGGGGGUGCCCUACAAAUCACCAGUGGUAACAAGCUAGCCGUUGCUAAUGGGACAUUACAUGAACACUCAGUCCAGGUGACAUUUGUUGUGAGAGACCUGAAUGGGGUAACCCUGCUUAUUCAUGUACAGACAUUCACAAUAUCAGUGCUGGGGGUGAACUUAUCCCCUACGGACAUCCAGCUGACAGGGUCCUCAGUCCUGGAAGGCUCAGUAGUGGGAACCGUUGUUGGAAACAUCCAGGUCCAGGAUCCCAGUGACAGUGACCAGCGGUUUUACUGCACAUUGCUCGAUGAUGCUGGUGGUCGUUUCGAUAUUGUCAACUUUGGAGGUGAGAUUCAGCUCCAAGUGGCUUACUCCGAAGGGUUGGACUUUGAAACAGCAUCAUCUCACUCGAUCAGGAUAAGCUGCCGCGACUCCCUUCCACAGAACACCAUCGAGAAGACGUUUGUCAUCGAUGUCCUGGAUGGACCAGAGAGACCCACAGGCAUCGUGUUCACUAAUGCCGCGGAUGAUGACACCACCACCAACGUCAAUCCACCCAACUUGAGCAACUUCCAAGGACACGUCAUCACCUUGCCAAUAGCAACUAUUAGGGAGGAUGCCCAGGAUGGCAUUGGCAUCGUAGCCUAUGUCACGGUUAUUGCAGCUGAUGGAACCCCAGCGUCAGAUCAGUCAGCUCUUGUGUCGUCAUUGAUCUCAGAAAAUGAGUACAACAGACUCAAUAGACUUGGACGCAGAAAAAGGGCUGCACUCAGGCUACAUGCCAGGUCCAAGCGUGAGGCUGGUAAUGUCCCCUUUGUCAUCCCUGAAAUUGGCCAGUACAUACUGGUGAGCGGUGCCUUGGACCAUGAGACACAGAGAGAGUACAUGUUGUAUGUUAAGGCCAGUUACAGAGACACUCCCAACCUGGUGGUCACGGGCCAGUUACGUGUUGUUGUCUUUGAUGUAGACGAGGCCCCAUUAGACAUGAGCCUUAGCCCCAUCAUGGUCAGUGAAGGAGCCUUAAUAGACACUCAAGUUGGUCAAUUAAGCAUUAACGAUCCAGAUGGCACACAAACUGCUUACGUGUACACCAUGAUCUCUCUUGGAACGCCAUUCUACAUCCAGCAACACAGGGUCCUAGUCCAGCGUCUCUUGGACCACGAAACCACCCCAAUCAUUACCAUCCAGGUCAAGGUGGCAGAACUCAACACCAACUUGGAGCUGGUCAAGAACUUUGACAUCGGCAUCACCGACACUCCAGAGCCCCCCACAGCCCUGACGGUGGACGGGAACACCACACUCACCAUUCCUGAGACCCUGAAUGUGGGUGAAUCCCUGGGGAAUUUUGUGGUCACUGAUCCGGACACCGCCGGUGGUUUUGCAUUCAGCUUCUUUGUAGACGAAGACUCCCACUCCUUCUUUAGCAUCAGUGGAGAUCAGUUGCUGUUGGCACGGCGAUUAGACGCCUGGACCACCAACGUGCUGAGUCUCUUUAUUCAAGUCACGGAUCCAACUUACCUAAGUUUCCGUCAAGUCAUCACAGUCAGAGUGACCUCUGAUGACCGAUGUAGCCAGCCCGGUUAUUGUAGCCCUUAUGCAACAUGCCUACGAGGAUUCUGCACGUGCAAAGCAGGAUUUACAGGUGAUGGUUUCACAUGUAGCGAUAUUGAUGAGUGCACACCCUUCCCCUGUCAUGUGCUUCACUCUAUCCCUGGUCAGUGUGUGAAUGGAUUUGGUGGUAUCCGCAACUUCAGCUGUAGCUGUCUACCUGGUUGGAGUGGGCGAGAUUGUACUAUGGAGGUGGACAGUUGCCAACAGAACCAAUGUUCUCCUCUGGGCACUGUGAAGUGUGUGAACGUGGCAAAUACUGUGCGUUAUACCUGUGAGUGUAAACGGGGAUUUGAAGGGCCAUUAUGUGACGGCGACGCAGACGACUGUGCUGAUCAUCAAUGCCAGAAUGGUGCAAAAUGCAUUGAUGGGGUAGGGAUCUAUACCUGUCAAUGUGUUGCACCCUAUGAAGGCUACUUCUGUGAGUUGGAUCCAAGGCUGUGUGAUGGUGCGAAAUGUGCUUACAACGGCAGCUGCAUUCCUCUUCCCAAUGGUCAGCAUGAAUGCCGCUGUUCUGACCCCAUCUUGUCGGACUGCUCAGGCUGUGCAUUUGGCUACGGUGGAGAAAACUGCAAACCUUGUGACCCGCCAUUCACGGGUCAGAACUGUGACAUUGACAGUAGGAUCUGUGAUCCCAAUCCCUGCACCUAUGGAGGUGUCUGUAUACCGGAUGUAGACAAGUACUCUUGUGUGUGUCCCGAAAACCUUGCUACAAAGGAAUGCACACCACGGGUGGUGCCCCUGGGAACAGGGAAUGAUAACGGCACUGACCAUGGCACUUUCCCUAUCUGGACUGUGAUUGUCAUUGUAUUAGUCCUUGUUGCUAUCGUCAUUGGCAUGGGCUUCUUGAUGGUACGUCGGUAUCGCAGAGUGCCCUACAAGGGUUCUGAUCCCUUUGUUCCAUGGAGGGCCAGAUUCCGCAGUGACUCUGAGCAAGUGAUGGUCACACCGGAUCAAGACCAUCGGACACAGCACCAUCCAUCCAUGGAUUUCAUACCAGAAGAUUAUCAAACACAAGAUAACCCACCUCAGGACUAUCCACCAGUUGAUUACGCAGAGCGAGAUUAUCCUAUGGAUGGCAACGAAGAGGCAAAGGUACAAGUUGCUUCCUCAGUGCCCACCCCAACUGAAGCAGUUGCAAAAGCAUCCACCCCGGAAGCGCCUGCCGCUGUCUCUACGGGUGCUGAAGCCUUGCCCACUGCUGCCAAAGCUGAGGACACCAAGCAAAUCCCUAAGGAUAAGCCCCCACCUUACUCCCCACCCGACAACCUCUUCCUCGCAAGCGCCCUGGGGCUCCUCCCCCCGGGCUAUGAGGUGAAAGGUCAGCAGGUGGACAUCAAUAGUGGCAAAGAGAAACAAGAGAAAGCCCAAAUGGGAGGUGAUCUGGCAGUGGCACAGUUCAUGGAGACCCUGGCCAUGCCUCUCAGUGACCGAGGCACCUUACAGGCCAAGGGAAGCAACCUUGACCAGUGGGAGCAAGCGCAACUUGGCCUUGUCAAAGAGAAUGUCCCAGAGCAAGGAGACAAGCGUGUCCGCAAGAAGUCUGCAGGUCGCCGGCCUUCGGUUACCCGCAAGCAUUCCGUAGGGGCAGUGGCAUACCAGAACCCAAUCUUUAUACCUGAGAACCCAGUGCUGAGCAAGCAGGCAGCCACAGAGAUGCGGCAGGAUGGUGAGUCCUCUGUCGGUGCUGUCCAACCCCCUAGCCAAUCCUCGCCACAAAGUGUUAGUGGGAAUAGAAAGACCUCUACCUCAGCAACACUGAAUGGCAAUCACGACGACAUUACCGAAGAUCAAAAUAGGAGCAACAAGCUGUCCCUCACCAAAUCUCCUUCCGAUAUCACCAAGCAGAAUCCCAUUUUCCAGGAUUCAGAUAAUGAGGACCUUGAUGAUGACCCUUUUGAAUAGUGGAAGAUAUUUGUUAGUGUAAUUGCAGUUCUUUUGAGGACUGCUGACAUUUUUUAGCAGCUAUCUUCCGAGUUUGAAGGCAAACUUCACUUCAAUAACUGCACAGGAUUGUUGCUUUCUGAUGCAGUGAUUGAUUUAAGCAUUGUUGCAGGUAGUAUGAUCCAGUGAAUAUUUUACAGAACUGCAGUUUCUCAUAUGCUUAAAAGUAUACUGUUACAGGAUACGUUUAACUUGAGUACAUAUAUUCAGUAGUGUAAAAGGUUUCACAAAGAUAUUUGAAGAGUUCAUUUCCAAAGCCGAAUAAGCGCAAUUAUGGUACCAAGUACCUAUCAUAAUCCCACUUUCUCCUGGUUGCCUAAGGUCAGUUUCCAUGGUUUUAUAACAUUAAAUGCAAGUUUGGAAACAAUGUAAAAAUUAAGUUUGGGACACAUGGUAUACCAUUUUUAUUUUUUAAAUUUCAUAAUUAUGGAAAAAUGUCAAGUUCUUCAAAUGGACAUAUUACAUAUUGAAAGUAAACCGUAGUUUCUUUUGUAAAUGUUACAUUGAAUGCAGUGUCUUGUCUUUCUGAAGAAUUUUUAUGUAAACAGUUUUAAUAGUAAAUGUAUGUUUUUUGCGAAAGUACUUUUAUCUAUUUAUAUUUCUAUGAUGUAGUCUAUCGAAACUUUUCGAAUUCUGUUCAGACCUCUUUUUCUGGUAGUUAUGAUAAGGCAGCAACGAUAAUAUGGACCUGUGAUGUGAGAUCAUCAUUUAACUGAGUCUUGUCUGAAAGGUAUGCCAAACAUACUAAAUGUUGUUUUGUUGGAUAGAAUGUGGGGAAUUAAGGGGAAGCUGUUGGAGGAAGAGCUUUCAUUUGGGAGAUGAGAAAUGAUAUCUAAGUUGUAAUUAGUGGCAGCAGCAAUAAUGUGGCUGCCAAACUAAGUCAGUUAUAAUUUGCCUUUGCAGCAUUUGUCAACGUUCUGUGAUACAGCUCUGUGACAGUGCCCCACAACAGGCCAGUGAUAUUGUUAUUCCUUCAACCAUACUAUAGAGGGUUUGCUUGGCUUCCAUAUUGCAGGCCAUUGUUUUGUGUCAUAGGGUAUGUACAAAGGAGGUUUCCCUGUGAAACAAAAGAACUGCCCUUGCAUGAUGGCUACCACGCAAAGCCUCUGUUGAGGUUGAUAUUGCGGUGACAAUCCUCAUUGUCAUCAUUGGUUGAUCCAAGGGGAUGCAACUAAGCCAUGUGCCCCACUCCCAGCAAAAACCUUUGGUUUGAAAUAUGAGAUAAAGGCAUUUUGGGACUCUUUCACUUCCCUGUAAAAGCCCCCAAAUUUAGCUUCACCCCUCUUAAAGGCUAUUAGAGGUUCAUGAAGGAACAUUAAAAAGUUUUGGUCCCUAAGCAUUUGCCCCCCCCCCAUUCUUGAUCUGCCCUUCAUUAACCCCUUCACUUCCAUAACCCAAGCUUGCAAUAUUUGCUAAUGUUGCUGGCAUCUGGACCGUGGACAUGACCCCUGGCCUGUUAGCACACUGGGCUACUGGCUUUUGCCUCAUGAGGGCAAUAGGCAAACACGUGAGGUUAGAUAUGCCAACAGCAUUGUGGAAGUCGCAGGUCCCAAGUUUAUUCCAAAUAGUUCUCUUGCCUCAUAUUUAUGAAAAGUGGAAGUUUUGGAUACGGGUAUGGUUUGGUGGUGGUGUACGUUGGUUGGAUUUUGUUUCACUGCUAAUAACCCACCAUAUUUGUGUCAUGUUUAGUUACUUUGAGAGACUCUUGAUCAAGUGAUGCAGUUCAUGCAGUCUUCAAUAUGAGAGUGUUUUGGAGGAGAAACAUAACGGAGCAUUUAAUGACACUUCACUUUGUAUUUACUGAUUAGUCUGGAGUUGAUUGCUAUAAUGGGUUCUCGAAUCUGACUGUAUUCCACCAAAUUUCUGAAAUGAAGAUAUUUAUUCAAAGCAGUUAACUCUGUCAAGAAAAGGAUGAAGGCUGAAAGGAUUCUCUUCUGAAAUAGUUAGUAGUACUUUGAGAUGAGAUGUUGUUAUUCAUGUUUAUUUUUUGCACUAAGCAUGUCUGGAAUAAUUCAUUUAUAUCGGGAAUAUUUUUUGCUGAUUCAAUAUUUAUUGUAAUCCAGUAUCGUGAACAUGUUUAAUGUGUAAUAUGGCUUAAAAAUUUCCCCCAGGUUGAACUUCUUACCACAAAUUGUAAAUUACUAAGGAUGCAAUAAACAACUAGAAGCAAGACAAAGGAACCUUGUUUGUCAAGUUUUCCUUUAGUUUUGAGCA